AUUGCCGAACAAUUGCGCAUAAAGCAGUUUGAAGUAAGACAUAUCAUUGAAAAGGUGUCAUUCUUUUUCCUAUUAUUCAAUCUUACUUCUUACUCAUUUUUUUCUAACGACACUUACAUAAUUCUAGUUUUCGUUAUAUUGAGUGAGUGUAAAUGUUUUAAAUGCAUAAACACUGGAAUUAUGUUUGAAAAUGUUUUCUCUAUUAAUUACGAAAACUGGAACCAACAAUUAUGCAGAUGACCACAGGAAAAGAAAACUAUGGAACAGACGCCAUGGGCAGUAUCAACCAUGUUCAACAGACAAGUUCAAAGAAAUGCCAUACUGUCUCUCUUCUUACAGAAACACCCAGCCCUUCAAGUGCCUUGGAAGCAAAUUUCACACUAGACACGGAUAUAACUUUAGUCAACUCCCAAGAAAAUAGCGAAAAUGACAAUGGACGACUUCCCGACGUUGUUGUAGAAAUGAAGGUUUUCGAAGAGCAUGAAGAACAAAUUCAAGAAACUUAUUUAUCUAUUGCUAUACAAGUUUUUAUUCCUUUCCUGAUAGCUGGGUUUGGAAUGGUUUUUGCUGGAUUAGUAUUAGAUAAAAUUCAACACUGGCCAGUAUUUGAAGAAAUAACGGAACUAGUUAUAUUAAUUCCUGCUCUUUUAGGACUGAAAGGUAAUUUAGAAAUGACGUUAGCAUCACGUCUUUCAACACAAGCUAAUUUAGGUCACAUGGAUACAGCUAAACAAAAAUUAAAUAUUAUCGUAGGAAAUUUAACGUUGAUACAGUGUCAAGCGAUAGUUGUUGGUUUUCUGGGUGCCCUAGUUGCUGUAGUAAUGGGUGGAAUAAAGAGUAACGAAGUUGAACUGGACCAUGUUUAUUUAUUAUGUGCCAGUAGUUUAGUAACAGUCUCAAUAGCAAGUUUUGUAUUGGGACUCAUCACAGCAGGAGUUAUAGUUCUUUCUAGAUACUGCCACAUCAAUCCUGAUAACGUGGCAACUCCAAUAGCAGCCAGCUUAGGAGAUAUUACUUCACUCACAUUGUUGUCAUGGGUGGCUACAUUAUUAUAUGAAUCAAUAGGUACUCAGGAUUGGUUAGCUCCAGUGAUAAUAGCAGCAUACAUUUUGGCAAUACCAUUAUGGGUUUGGAUAGCCAAACGAAAUUUACAAACGAGGGAUGUUUUGUAUAAUGGAUGGACGCCAGUUAUGGGUGCCAUGAUGAUUAGUUCAAUAGGAGGUCUAAUUCUGGAUUUCAUGGUUUCAAGAUUUGAAAGUAUUGCAGUCUUCCAACCAGUAAUAAAUGGUGUAGGUGGUAAUUUAGUGGCUGUUCAAGCUAGCAGAAUAUCAACAGCUCUUCAUAAACAAGCAGAACUUGGAAUACUGGCGUCAGAUAAUAACUUAGAUGAGGACGCUGUUAUAUUCAUAUCACCUCUUACUUGUUUCUGUGGAAAGGGAACACAUUCAAGAACUACAAGAGUUCUUAUGGCAAUGGUCAUACCAGGUCACCUAAUUUUCAUUUACACAAUUGAUUAUAUUAAAAACGGUGACACGUCCCUCAGUUCGUGGUUUGUCAUGGUUUAUUUAUGUGCUGCUAUUAUGCAAGUGGCAACAUUACUGUACAUAGCGUAUAUAAUGAUUCAUUGGAUGUGGAGAAGAAAAAUAGACCCUGACAACUCAGCAAUACCUUAUUUAACAUCGACAGGAGAUCUACUAGGAAUAUCUUUAUUAGCAAUUGCUUUUCAAUUCUUGUAUCUGAUUUCUGAUCAUGAUCCUGAAACACUAGCAAGUUGAUUGGAUUUGAAUACUUUGAUAUUAAAAGAAACCAAUGAGUUUUUGACAUAAGUACAUCUUGUGAUACAUUUAAUGAUUUUUGACUAUUGACAUUACAAAUGUAAAGAAAUAUAGAAUGAAUUUUAAAUAAGAGUUUAUGGUAAAUAAUAACUUAGAAGAUGGCAAAAAUUGUUUCAUAAGUUCAUGGCUGUAUUUUUGUUAAUUAUACAUUUUAUUUUUACAUGAAAA